AUGCCAACAACCCAUGAUGACCAUUCCUUGUCUGUCACAUCAACAAGAACAAAAGUAGAAUUCAACAAUAAACAAGCAACAAGCAACAAUAUGGAUCACUCGGAACUUAUUCAAGAGAUGGUGUUGUUGGAGAAAAUGACAGCACAGGAGCGACUCAAACACGCACGACGUAGACGACAACAGCAAUUGAAAAAUUGGAUGCAACGAGAAGGAUUAACGAGUAAUGGAACAACCGUAUCAAAUGGUGUAUCAACGAAAUUGAGAAAAACUGCGGUUAAAUUUUCCGAAAAUGUCGUCCUAUUAGAAGCCACAGCACGGCAAGACAUCGAGGAAGUUCGUAAUUUACUUCAAUCAGGCAAAUACAGUCCAAAUACCUCAAAUGAAGAUGGUCUGACGCCCAUUCAUCAGUGUUCAAUCGAUAAUAGCGAGAAACUAUUGCGAUUACUAAUCGAGUAUGGUGGCGAUGUCAAUGCCAGAGAUCGUGAUCUAUGGACUCCCCUUCAUGCAGCAGCAACUUGCGGUCAUUUGCAAAUCUGUCGAGUGCUGAUCGAAAAUGGUGCUGAAUUGUUAGCGUUAAACGCUGAUGGUAAUAUGCCGUAUGAUAUAUGUGACGACGAUAUAACUCUCGAUUAUAUUGAAACGCAAAUGGAUCGAAUUGGUAUUACACAAGAGAUGAUUGACAAGACCCGAUCACAAGUUGAAAAUCAAAUGUUAAUCGAUCUUCAAAACCUUGUUAGAAAGAAAUCAGUCGGCUCCCUACGCUCGAUCGAUGAUAUACUUUCCUUUCGAAAUUCCGAAGGUGUAACACCGCUACACAUCGCUAGUGCGAAUGGUUAUCAAACAGUAGUAGAGUAUCUUCUAAAACAGCAUGUAUCCAUCAAUCUGCAAGACAGCGAUGGAUGGACGCCGACUCAUGCUGCUGCGUUUUGGUGUCAGCAAUCGAUUUUAACGGAGUUGAUUCGAGCCGGAGCAGAUAUUUACGAGAAAAUCCUCGAUGGCCGUUCGGCAGUUGAUCUGUGUGAUGAUCCCGAUUUGCGUUCGUACAUGAUCGAUUUCUAUGAACAGAAUCUUCGCAAUCAAGAAAAAGCUGCAGCUGCCGCCGCUGCUGCAGCAGCUGCUCAAUUACAGCAGAAACUCAAUAAUCGUCUCCAAUUGAAUACUAACUCGUUACCCAAUGGAACAACUUCUCGUGCAGGUACCUUGUACGAAUCUCGUUCAAGUGUUUCUUCUCCAUAUGGAAGUGGUUCGUCGUUGAAUCGAUCCAGUUCGAUACGUCGUGCAUCCAUUCGUGAUCGUGAGAAAGUCAAAAAAUUAAACGAGAAUUUCUUCGAAGUUUUACAAGCGAGGGAUAAGAUUCAAGAAGAUGUUGACGAAGGUCUAACGAACGGAGCAUUGUCUUCUCCACCGCCGGCUAAAUCAUCUUCCAAAGAGGAACAUACAAAUAGUGUUACGACGACAACAGCAACCGAAUCAACCGUUCGUGAACCGACAACAGUAAACUCUGUAAAAAAGCCGAUGGCACCAGUCAUCGAAUCGAAUCUUCCUCCAUUGAAAGCACCUCUUCCACCUCCAAUCAAUCAAACGACUGCCGACACAUUAAGUGACGUUAAACGACGACGUGAAGAACGACGUCGCGUUCUAAACAAUGGUUUAUCAUCUAAUGAUCCUCCUACUCUUUCAUCUUCUACGCUUCCAUCUCCAGGAGCUGAUACGAACCAUAAAGACAAUAAUCACAUAAAAAUUUCCAAUGGUAUUCAUACCUCAACAAUUUUCGAUACAAAAGACAGAUACGCUUCACCAAAACAAGUCGAACUUCAUCAUGCAACAGGCGAUGAUCGAGAAAAACGCAUUUGUUGUACUAUUUUGUGA